AUGGUAAUAUGUGACAUAACAAAGACUGAUGAUGUUCAACGUGCAUUUAAAGAUUUAUGGGCACAACCUAAUCAACCCGAAGUCGAGAUGCAACAAGACGAUGGUACAGUUGUAUUUUUAGCUUCAUUUAAUCCAACAUCGAAACUACAUUUAGUGGAUAUCGAUGAUACAGGUCCUAUUGUUCGUGAAAUAUUAACGAAUCCUAAGAAACUUGUUGAUCAAGAUAUUUGUGUAUGUGGUGAAGAAAUCAAUUUUGAAGACGUACCAAAAAUUUUUUUCGAGAGUAACUGA